CACUGUUCCUAUUGCGCGCGGGUAGCCUCUCUGACCCGGAAGUUUUCGCUCCCGUUAAAAGCGUAGGCCGGCAGCCUGCGGCCUUUUCCUGUCUGUGUCCAGACGGCGCGUGGUGCACGCCGAGCGAGACAGACGCACCUGAGGAUGACGGAGUGGGAGACUGCUGCCCCUGCAGUAGCAGAGACCCCUGACAUCAAGCUCUUUGGGAAGUGGAGCACCGAUGAUGUGCAGAUCAAUGACAUUUCCCUGCAGGAUUACAUCGCGGUGAAGGAGAAGUAUGCCAAAUACCUGCCCCACAGUGCAGGGCGCUAUGCAGCCAAGCGCUUCCGCAAGGCACAGUGCCCCAUUGUGGAGCGCCUCACCAACUCCAUGAUGAUGCAUGGCCGCAACAACGGCAAGAAGCUCAUGACCGUGCGCAUCGUCAAGCAUGCCUUUGAGAUCAUCCACCUGCUCACUGGCGAGAAUCCCUUGCAGGUCCUGGUGAAUGCCAUCAUCAACAGUGGCCCUCGGGAGGACUCCACCCGCAUUGGGCGAGCCGGAACAGUGAGGCGACAGGCUGUGGAUGUGUCUCCUCUGCGCCGUGUAAAUCAGGCCAUCUGGCUGCUGUGCACAGGUGCUCGUGAGGCUGCCUUCCGGAACAUCAAGACCAUCGCCGAGUGCCUGGCAGAUGAGCUCAUUAAUGCAGCCAAGGGCUCCUCCAACUCCUACGCUAUCAAGAAGAAAGAUGAGCUGGAGCGUGUGGCUAAGUCCAACCGUUGAUCGCCUGGCUAUAGCCCCAAUAAAUCUGUUUGCCCUUUGGGGCAGUGCCACC